AUGGCAAACGCUCAGAAAGCGGUUUUGGGGCCGUUGGUGGGGGCAGUGGACCAAGGUACCAGCUCAACGCGUUUUUUGGUUUUCAAUCCCAAAACAGCUGAACUACUUGAUCAUCAUCAAGUGGAAGUAAAUCAGGAGUUGCCCAGAGAAGGAUGGGUAGAAGAAGACCCAAAGGAAAUCCUGCAGUCUGUGUACCACUGUAUAGAGAAAACAUGUGAGAAACUUGGACAGAAGAGCAUUGAGAUUUCCAACAUAAAAGCUAUUGGUGUCACCAAUCAGCGAGAAACGACUAUAGUCUGGGACAAGAUAACUGGAGAACCCCUCUACAACGCGUUGGUGUGGCUUGACCUAAGGACGCAGUCCACUGUGGAGAACCUCAACAAAAGCAUUUCAGAAGGCAAUAACUUUAUCAAGACCAAGACAGGCCUCCCAAUCAGCACUUACUUCAGUGCAGUGAAACUCUGCUGGCUCAUUGACAAUGUGAGAAAAGUGAAAAAGGCCAUCGAAGACGGCAGAGCUCUUUUUGGGACCGUUGACACAUGGCUUAUCUGGAAUAUGACUGGAGGCAUCAACGGAGGUGUCCACUGUACCGAUGUAACUAAUGCAAGCAGGACCAUGCUUUUCAAUAUCCAUUCUUUGCAAUGGGAUGAAGAGCUCUGCGAUUUUUUUAAAAUUCCAAUGAGCAUCCUUCCCAGAAUCCGGAGCUCUUCUGAGAUCUAUGGUCUAAUGAAAAUUGGGCCGUUGGAAGGUGUGCCAAUAUCUGGGUGUCUGGGGGACCAGUCUGCUGCUUUGGUGGGACAACUGUGCUUCCAGGAUGGACAAGCCAAAAACACAUACGGAACAGGCUGUUUCUUACUAUGCAACACAGGCCAAAAGUGUGUAGCUUCUGAACACGGCCUUCUUACCACAGUGGCUUACAAGCUUGGCAGAGAGGAACCUGUCUAUUAUGCACUGGAAGGUUCAAUAGGUAUAGCGGGUGCUGUUGUUAGCUGGCUAAAAAACAAUAUUAAAAUUAUUCAGGCAUCAAGGGAAAUUGAAAAAUUAGCUGGAGAAGUAGGCACUUCUUAUGGCUGCUACUUUGUUCCAGCUUUUUCAGGGUUAUAUGCACCUUACUGGGACCCCAGUGCCAGAGGGAUCAUCUGUGGACUCACUCAGUUCACCAAUAAAUGCCACAUUGCAUUUGCUGCGUUAGAAGCUGUUUGUUUUCAAACCAAAGAGAUUUUAGAGGCCAUGAAUACUGAUUGUGGAACACCCAUGAAACAUUUGCAGGUCGAUGGAGGAAUGACCGAAAACAAAAUCCUUAUGCAACUGCAAGCAGACAUUUUGUGCAUUCCAGUGAUGAGACCCUCCAUGCCGGAAACAACUGCCCUGGGGGCCGCCAUGGCAGCAGGGGCUGCAGAAGGGGUUAGCGUGUGGAGUCUGGACCCCAAGGACUUGUCAGUCGUUCAGAUGCAGAAGUAUGAACCUAAGAUCAACAUUGAGGAAAGUGAAGUUCGUUAUGCCACAUGGAAGAAAGCUGUGAUGAAGUCAAUGGGCUGGGUUUUGACUCAGACUCCUGAAAGUGGUGACCCCAGUACGUUCAACAGUCUGACUUUGGGCUUUUAUAUAGUGAGUAGCAUGAUGAUAUUAAUUGGGGCAAGGUACAUCUAA